AAUAAAACAACUUUUUGAGAUUCCAAAAGAAAAAAAUGGAUACCUUACAAGUUCUUCUCUUGUCUCUACUACUAUCUCUAGCAACAGCUCAGUCGGAUCAACCCGACCCGAGAAGUACUGACCCGUAUGCUUACAGCGGCAGUUUAAGUCCAGCCAUGGCUGUAGUCGUGGUCAUCGUUAUCGCAGCUCUCUUCUUCAUGGGUUUCUUCACUGUUUACAUACGUCACUGUACCGGUGCAGUAGACAGCGGUAGCGUUACUACAACGACGGGAGGAGCGAGGAGGAGAGUUACAAACGCGACGGUGGCGCGUGGGUUAGACGCGGAGAUGAUCGAGACGUUUCCUACGUUUGUUUACUCGGAGGUGAAGACUCAGAAGAUCGGUAAAGGCGCGUUGGAGUGUGCGAUUUGUUUAAACGAGUUUGAAGACGACGAAACGCUGCGUUUGUUGCCUAAAUGUGAUCACGUGUUUCAUCCUCAGUGUAUCGGCGCGUGGUUACAAGGUCACGUGACUUGUCCUGUUUGUCGGACUAAUCUCGCUGAAGAGGAGACGAUACAGACAACAGCUGAACCGGUCGAACCGGUUCUUGAAGUUGAUCUUGAGGCGGCGAUAUCUGAACCGGUGGUUGAACAUCCACGUGUUAAAUUCCCGAGGUCGCAUACGACGGGGCAUUCCGUGGAGAGUAGUACCGACCGGUUUACGCUUAGAAUACCGGAAGAUUUGAGGAAGAAGAUCAUGGCGAAUUGGAAAUUAAACCGGUCGAAUAGUUUAUUUGUUUUACCGAGAGGAGGAAGCACGACGAGUAAACCGGUUGAUAAGUCGAGAGCGAAAUCGGACCGGUGGUUGUUUAGCAAAACGCCGUCGUUUCUGUGGCGGAACCGGGAUGAUGGUUCGAUUAGAUUAGGUGGUACCGGUAGCAUUAAAACAAAUGAUGUGACAAGUCCGACCGGUGAUUCGGUACGAGCUGACCGGUGGGCUUUUCUAAGAAACCCGUCGUUUUUGUGGAGGAAUACGACGCCGGUUCCUUCGCCGAGAGUUGGAGUCAAUAAAGAUGGUGAAGGGACAUCGUCGGUUCAGUAUACCGGUACGGUUGAUUCGGCUAGCGGUUCUGUUAGAUUACCGGUUUAGUUGGUUUUACUUGUGUGUUUUAUUGUUCAUAAACACGCAUUUUAGAUUUUAGAGUUUACGCAAUUCUUUGAUUUUUGUUUGUCUUUUUGUUGUAAGAUAUUUAAAUUUUUCAA